CUCAAAACAACAACAACACAAAUUGACCGAGGAAAUGUCAGCUGAAAGUUCACAAAUCCUGUUGUUUUUUAAUUCUUCUUGACAAAGACAGAAGUCAAGUGGAACAUUUAUUUGGCAGAUAUGAGCAGAUGACAGUAUGGCUAGUGAGCUGGCAUAUGAGGGUUCUGACGAAUCCUCAGAAAAUGAGCUGUUAGAGAAAAGUCUAUCUGUGUGGAGAGGAUGGAAUGCUGUGGGCAGGGAGGACUUUGCUCCUGUACCCCUUGACCUCCACACAGCUUGCAGCAUUGGCCACUUUGACUCAGUCCGCUCAUUUAUCCACAACAAAGAAGAAGACUUGAACAGAAAGAACAAAGGUGGUUGGACUCCACUGAUGUAUGCAUGUUAUAUUGGCCAUGAUAACAUUGUUAAUCUUUUACUGGAAGCUUCUGUGGAUGUAAACUGUAAAAACCUGAAGGGCCAAACACCACUGAUGUUAGCUGCCAGUUGUGGGAAUGAAAGCGUUGGUUACUUCUUGUGUCAGCAAGGGGCGGAGUUAGAGGCUCAGGACAAGAAGGGUUGGACGGCCUUGUUUCAUGCCACUUACUCUGGUCACCAGAAUAUGGUGAAGUUUUUACUAGAGCAAGGCUGUAAUAUAAAUGCCACUGAGCGUUGUUAUGGAAUCACCCCAUUUAUGGAAGCAGCAGCUGAAGGGCAUGAGAUUAUUGUACAGAUAUUCCUCCAGCAUGGGGUGACUGUAAAUGCUAAGACAUUCAGUGGGGACAUGGCUCGAUCGCUAGCUCUCAUGAAGGGUCACAUGAAGAUUGUCAGCCUGAUUGACAACCACCUGAUACAGACUCCUCUCAGAUCAGAACCAGGUUUAUUUGCUGACUUGAGCUCAUCAGAUGAGGCAGUUGGUCCAAGUAGACCCCACAGCAUGCGAUCUAAAUCCAGGCUGAAAGGGCCUAGUAUACGAGAUGGCCCUGAAGCGUUUGCUAGAUACCUAGACAGAUCUCGAUGCCCAGAGCCCAGCGUUCAACCUCUUAAUUCUUACAUUCCAAAUGGCUAUGUGACAUUUAACAACAACCAGUGUGAAGGAGAGAAUGCUGCCUCAGUUCAGAUCCGCUCACGUGAUGUCACUUCUCCUAUCAGUGCUAAUGACCACACCCUGGACAGCUCGGCUGGUAAAGAUUCUUUGGACAAUGAUGAAGAUUGGAACUCCUUCUCCAAAACAGGAGCAUUAACAAUAAAGAGUAACUCCAGCUCAAGUGGAGGGCUGGCAGCAGCGCUGGGGAUUAGUCGUGAUAAUAGUUUGGACAGUAAUGAAGACAUUCCUGGUGAGGUGCCUCCACCUCAACAACCUGUUCUUGACCGUCAACAGACUGAACAGCUCAGUGAUAACCUCCCUUGUCAAAGAACACCAGCAGAUGGCGCUAAUGGGCAAGAUGACUGCUCAACUCAAAGCCAUAUCUCUGCACAAGAUCGGAGUCAUUUUCCCUCUCAAACCACCAGUGAGUCUGUACAGUGGUCCCGGGCUCCUCAGGACUACUCAUUAUUUAGCCAAAGUCCAAAUGCGUUGCUCACCAAUAAUCACGGGUCUACUGUUAACAGAAGGGAUGGCGCUAACACAACUGUCAGUGCCCCUUUGUCCGAGGCCACCCUACCCUCAGAUAUCUGGAGAAUGCAGAUUAACCCGUUACCCACAAGUAGUUCAGCACCGUCCAAACAAAGUAUCAGUGAUGUAAUGCAUGAUGUGAGGCCGUUUUCAAAUGUUUCAACAGUGACUGCAGAUGUCCGACCUGUUCAGCAAGCGGGCAGAGCAAACUUAAGGGUGACGAUAGCUCAAAUGCCGACAUUUCACCCGAGAACUGGUCAAGAUAAUCUGGUGAGAAAUGUGACAUUACAUCAAGAUGACGGCCGACCAAAAGACCUGUCCGCCCUUCUGGAGCAGAUUGGGAUGUCACAAUACAAGAAAACCUUUUAUCAGCAGGAUGUUGACCUUCAGGUCUUUCUGUCACUCACAGAGAAUGAUCUCAAAGAAUUAGGAGUGCAAUUAUUUGGCCACAGGCGAAAAAUGACAAUUGCAAUAGCGCGCUGGCACAGCAAUGCGAAACUGUACAUGAGUAACCUGGAACAGGUGUAUGCUAAUAAGCUGGAGGCAGAGAUGCAGGAGAUGGCAAUACAGCUGCACAAGGUGUAUGAGGAGAAUGACCGUCUGAAGGCCCAGGUAUUGCAGGAGAGGGAGCUCAGAUCUGUGACAGAGAGCUGUUUGAUGGAGGAGAGGGCUGCCUGGCAGCAUACACAACACCUGGUCAGGGACACACGCCAGUGUUGUGAUCAUCUUAUGCCUGUCUUAAGGAAACUUAGAUACCAGCAGUGUGAAGUGAAGAGGCGAUCGUUACCGGAGACGCUACACUGGGAGGAGGCGGAAUCAGGGGGUCAGGGGAUCAAUCCCCAGGUUAGAUCAUCUUCAGCUAACACCACCCCACCACCCUCUUUCGAUGACCUCUUCUGGAAAAUUGAUUACUUCUUGAAACAUCUGGAACAAAAUAUCAAUUUGAUCAGACGCAAUACGGACAGACUGUUUGGUUCCCAGCCUCAGUUAAACAUUGCCGCUGGACCAAGAGGAGUUUAAUGACAGUCAUAGCUUUAGUGGGUAGAGGCCCACUGUACCAGGUGGGUGGCGAAUUUCUAACGCCCUCAGCCUUAAAAUGAGGCAAGGACAUUCAGCUGCCUAAAAAUGAGGCCUGGUCUUUCAGCUGCUUAAAAGUGAGGCCCAGAGAAGUGAUCUGGACGUUCAGCUGCCCAGUGAUGAGGUGUGGACUUUCAGCAGCACUCCAUUGUCCCCCUUAUCACCUCUCAACAUUUGUAGUUCAAUGCAAUUAUCUUGACAGAUUUCUUGUCAGGGCAAAGUUUGUGAUACAUUUACGGUAACACUAAAAUUAAGAUAAAGAUAACCUGCUUUGAACAUGUUUUGGAUCAUUUUCACCUUGUACUUGUACCUCAGGUGGUCUACAGUACAUUGUCUUGGAAGUGGUGGGGAAGUUCGGGUGGAGUGGGGCAGACAUUUUUCAGAUCCACUUUUAUCAUUAGGGGCAUAUCAAAGAUUCAUUUAAGGAGUAAAUAGUGUCUAGUUUUGUUGACAUUAUUUUUGUCCAAUUUUAGUUAUCCAGUUAUUGAAAUUUUACAUACAUCACUCUACUUACAAGAAGAAGGAUAAUAUUGCCUGACCUCAGCAAAUUAUCUGCAUUUUCCUGAACACCCGUACAUUAUAAUCAAGUUGCAACGAUUUUAUUUCAGUACCCUGAUUUAGUACUUCUCAAACCUUGAUCACAUAACACUCUGUAUAAGAAACGGGCAUUAUACAGUGGUAACUAAACAGAUUAACACAUUCAUUAUUAUAUAUUGUUUACUGAAGAGGUUAUCAAGCAACUUUAGUGUGUAAUACUGGCAUCACGCUACAAACUACUAAUCCAUUUAUGGCUUUUAUGAAACUCAUUUAUGCAUAGGUAAUGAGGUUUAAAAGCUUAAAGGUUUCACAGCAUGCUAAAACUGUUGCAAUUUGAAAUGCGCUGAGCAUGAGAAAUUUAUUGUCAGGUGGUUCUUGCAGAAUUACAUGCAUCUAAAAAGGCCUUCACCUUAUCGUGAUAUGUCACGAGAAGUCGGCAUCCGCCAUGCCCUCCAUCAGUCGUUCAUUAUUUUACAUCCUUCAUCGGUUUUGCACUUGAAAUGGUACCUAUUGUAUGUGGUUUCAAUAGAUGUUUUCUCUCAGGACACAAAGUUAUGAGUCACAGCCAAAACAUGCCAUUGCAUUUAGAGCAUCAUAAACAUCAAUCCCCGCUAAUGGCAGCCGUUGCACUUUUUCCUUUGAUGUUGAGCUGAAGGGGACAGACCAAGUAGCGGUCAGCCCAGUGUCCGUAUACUGUCACUGGAUACUGACUGAGGUAUGGCAUCAUUCCAGUGAGGCAUUACCAUACAAAUUUCCUGAUUAGGUUCAGCACCAUGUUGCAAGCAAACAAAGAAGUAAACCAAAUUCUUUGUAUGUAGAUUACAACCUAAGAUAAAAUCGUGUGCAUAGAUUCUAAACCAUCCAUUAGAUUUGUCUGCUAAAUGCUUUAGCUUGUAUGAUUGAGCCGAACAGAGAUGAACCUGCUCUACAUAUUGCCCACAACUGUGACUUUAUUAAAGUGGACUAAUUUGGAUAGACUGACAAGUGUGAUUGUUACAGAAAUUCAUUGUCAUCUGUAAAAUGUGCAAUAAAUGAAAUUAUUUUCUACAUCCAUAUAUGGCAGAAUGAAACAACGGAAUUGGAUCGGAAUUGAACAGUGACACAACAGUUCCCAUAAUCUCCUUUAUGGGAUUUGACGAUCACAUACAUGUAUAUAUGUUAUUUAUACGCUUAGGUCAUUACCUAUCCUGGUAAGCUACUUAAGAGUUUGUCACACUCGUUUUUCUAUACUGUGUUCACCGAUAAGUUGUGAAACAUGAUGUAAUUUAUUAUCUUGUGUGAGUCAUCAUGGGCAUUGUUAUCCAUCGCACUUGGCUAUGUUAGUCAUGAAGUGCCAGGACAGAAAUGGUACAUGCCAUUUGUUACAACUUAAUGAAAUAAACUGACUCAGAAAUGUUCGAAAUUUUUUUAACGACGAUGGAUUUUGUGAGUCACAUUGUUUUUUCUUUUUGAGGAACUGUUGAAUACUAUUGUGUUUUAUGACACCGUUAAUGUCCUGGUUAUUCUAUUCAGCGCAUGACCGUGGCACCAUACGCCAUGUCAUUCUUUACAACUACUGCUAACUGUAAAUGUGGCAUUGUUCCGUUUUAUUAUGAUAGCUUGGUUAAGUAAAUACAAUGUUACUUUUUUG